CGAGCGCACGUCAGUGUCAAGUAGCCAGUUGUCAGGUGUCGGCCGCGGAGUACGCGCGUGUGUUUAGUGAAGUGCGCGGGGCUCCACCAUGGCUCUGCUCAGACGAUUAGCCGUCAACGCGCCCCGGGGCGCUCGCGCCCUCGCCUCGGCGCCGCCGCCAAUGCGCGACGAACUCGACCUUUCCUUCAGCAGCCCUAAAGAUGCCUUCAAGAGCAAGAAGACGAGCGAGCUGGUGCGAGCGUACCUCGUCUACCAGAUUUGCUCGGUCAACUGGCUCGUUGAAAACAACGACAUGCUGAUGAAACGGAUGCGGCAAGUGGUCGGGAAGAAGCUCUUCGAGAUGAUAAUGAAAGCCACGUUCUACGGGCAAUUCGUCGCUGGCGAAGACCAGAAUAAGAUCCGACCCACGCUCGACAGACUGCGAUCAUUCGGCGUCAAGUCAAUCCUCGACUACUCCGUCGAGGAGGACCUCUCCCAGGAGGAGGCGGAGAAGCGAGAAGUCAGCGCUUCAAUCUCCCAAAGCGGAGAUAAAGAGGAAGAGGGACAGCUGAAGCAGUACCAUGUGGAGCAGCGCUUCGCCGACCGCCGGUACAAAGUGCACAGUGCGCGCACGUACUUCUACCUCAACGAGGCGGCGUGCGAGAGGAACAUGGAGGCGUUCCUCAAGAGUAUCGAAGCUGUGGCCGACACCACGAAAAGCACCGGCCUCAUGGCGGUCAAGUUGACCGCGCUGGGAAGACCUCAGUUGCUGUUGCAACUGUCCGAAGUGAUCAUGCGCGCCCGCAACUACAUGCAGCAGAUCGUCGGCGGCAUGGGUAACGUGCUCACCCACCACAAGACCAUCGAAGACCUGCAGCGGUACUUCGGGGACCACAGCUCCAAGCCAGAGGUCCAGGAGUUCAUGAAACAGAUGACCUCGGACAAAGAGGGCAUCGUGCAUUUGUUCCCCUGGUCGGGAAUCCUCGACAAGGAUAUGGGACUGUCGGACUCGUUCCGUGUACCAGAUCCUAAGACCGGCCAGAUGAGACGGCUCAUCUCACAGAUCCUGCCUAAGGAGGAGGAGAUGUUCCGAAACAUGCUCCGGCGGCUCAACCACAUCAUCCAGACCGCGAACGACGCCGACGUGCGAAUCAUGAUCGACGCUGAACAGACCUACUUCCAGCCGGCCAUCAGUCGCAUCUGUCUCGAGAUGAUGCGUCGGUACAACAAGGACAAGUUUCUCGUGUUCAACACGUACCAGACCUACUUGAAGAACACCUACAACGAGAUCCUCACCGACCUGGAGCAGGCCGAGCGGCAGAACUUCUACUGGGGCGCUAAGCUCGUCCGCGGCGCUUACAUCGAGCAGGAGCGCGCGCGAGCUGCGGCGAUGGGUUACGAGGACCCCACCUGUGAGAGCGUGGAGGCUACCACGGUGUCCUUCCACAAGUGUCUCAAGGAGAUCCUUUCCAGGGUCAAGGGCCGCGAGGGCAAGGCGUCCCAGCUGGGCAUCAUGGUGGCGAGCCACAACGAGGACACGGUCCGCUACGCCAUCGAGCUGAUGCAGCAGCACGGCAUCCGGCCCGGCGACAAGGUGGUCUGCUUCGGACAGCUGUUCGGCAUGUGCGACCAUGUCACCUUCCCGCUAGGUCAAGCCGGCUACUCCGCAUACAAGUACGUGCCGUACGGGCCCGUGAACGAGGUGCUGCCGUACCUGUCGCGGCGCGCCAACGAGAACCGCGGCUUCCUCUCCAAGAUCAAGAAGGAGAAGCGCCUCCUCCUCAAGGAGAUCGCACGCCGCGUGCUCACCGGACAGAUGUUCUACAAGCCCGUCGGCAACUACAAGCCGGUGUAAAAACCACUUUAACACCUUGUGCUGUAGUCUAAUUUCCUUUGCGGAGUGUUUCGGUUCGAGUUGAAAGUAGUGUAACUCGGAGCGGAUUGUGAUACGGAUCAUCGGGUUUGUUGUGAAGGUGGUUUGGGAUACUGGCCGGUUGGAAUGUCUAUGAGGUUUAAGCGUCAACGUAAAACGUCACCGUUUACUCAGGUGGUGGUUCAACAAUGGUGACAUCUAUAGUGAAAACACAGUUAAAGAUGGCAAAACUACUAGCGCCAUCUAUAAGUAAAGGACGGCUUUUAACCCCAUAAAAGUUACCGUGAUUUUUUUAAAGGUUUGACGUUUGCCUACCGAAAACUCUACAAGUGAGAUACUCGUAGAUAUUGACUUGUGCAUCUCACUCACGAUAAAAAUAAUUCAACGCGUUAGAAAGUGUAGAAAAAUGGCGGAUCGACACCGGCGGUACGGUUUUUGAUAUUGUUACUAGUCAAUGUAAUGGAAACGGUCAGUAUUUUCGAAUUUCACCUUUAAUGUCAAUGUGUGUGUGAACGGGUCAAUUCAGCAGUACACGAGGAUAUCUGUAAAAUAAAGUUUACGUCGAAAUGGAUCAAAUGUUACAAACGUGAAUGUACCCCGCUUGUCAUACCUAAUAGGAAAUUAAUUGUAUUUAUUUUAAUGCUUAAUUUAUUGUAAUAGGAAGGGUAAUCGACUUUACGUAGUUGAAACAAAGUCCAAAUUAACUUAAAUAGUUGUACAUGUCUUAUUUACAGGCGGUGUAAUUACAAAAUCAGCGUUGUUUCUGUGCUAUAUUUAUAGGAGUUUUACAAAUGCAAUCAAUUAUGUGUCCUAUUACUGGAUCUUAGUGUCCUUGUUACUGUAUUUAAUUUGAAUGAUUGUCAUUGGUUCCAACUAUUUCUUUUGUGUGAUGGUUCAAAUGAUUUUAGAUCUUAUGACUCGUUCUCAAGCAAGGUUUUACUAUAACACUCGCGAGUCUGGUGCAUGGAUGAACUUUGGUGACAUAUUAAGGCCUGUAACUUUAUUGUUAUAAAAUAAAUAAAGGAAAUAAUAACAGUUUAUAUACAUAUCUAUUAUUUGAUAUCUUAUGUAUAUGUAUGAUAAAUAUAAAUUGUAUACCUUUAUAUAAAAUCAAAUACAUCGUAUAAUAUGUAUGUUUAUCAAAUUAGAAGAAUUGUUAAACCGAUUUAUAUAUUAUACAAAUUUAUAGCAUGUAAAAUACAUUGUUAUAUUGAAAAUUUUAUAUAUUUAUACAUGUAUAGUAAGUUACUUGCCUUAAGAUAUCACCUAAAAGCGUGUCUGUAUGUCACUAGUAUAUCGGAGAGAUGUUUAACUUUUCAUUUAGACAAUAACGAAUUACGUAGAAAAUGAUGGAAAAUGAAAAGUGAUUUAUAAAUGGCUUGUUUCCUUUUGGUAUUACUUACAAUUUAAAUUAUACCUCAGCUCAGACACUCUUAAAGCGUUCUGUCUCACAAAAUCAGAAAUAAGCUAUUUUCAAAACCCCGAAAAUUAAGAAUAAUAUAUCUGACCUGCGUCCAUUAUGAUUAUUUUUUGAUUCAAUUUUGUCGAAACUUCAGCGCAAUAGUAUCGUAAAAUAUAUCUGCGUGUUGCAGUUUUGAUAAAGUUGAAUAACUGUUUAAUUUAUUGUUAUUAUAAUUUAUUUUAACAGAUAACUCUCCUCGUAUUGUAAAUGUGUUUAGUUUUUUCUUGUUUAUUGUUGGUGCCGUUUGUGAAUCAUGAGGACUACUUUAUUGAGUUGAGCUACUUUAAUAUUAAAAUCUCAAAUCUCUCGAUAACAUUAAAAUGUUUGUUUAGCAUAAUGUAAUUGGGAUUUUGCGCGCCACAUUUGCUUUUACCCACCCUCCUUUUAUAUUUUGUGAAGAAGCCACAGAGAAAAGGAUUUGAAAUUACCAUCGGUAAGUGGCGCCAUCUGUUAAAGUAGCACGCAGUUGUAAGUUUCUUUGCAAUAUUAGGCUAUAUCAAUGUCGCGUUUGAACAACUAUUUACUUAAUCGAAUACGAAUGCAUUUCAUUGUGUUCCAGGUUAUAAACUAAGUUAGAAAUCUGAAUUUUCAUGUUAUUUAUUAUGUAAAUUAUGUAAUAUAGAUAGCUGGCCCAAUGAAUUGUCCUAUUUUCCGAUAAUAUGGGUUAUAUGCAAGCGAGGCUACGUUUCUUUUAAAGAUUGUAUGCUACAAAUGGUAUUAAGUUCCUUGAGCUGGAUUCGAUAUUUAAAACCAUUUGUUUUGAAUAGGAAAAUUUACAUCUUUGUACAAUAAUGCUGAUAAGAAACGAAAAACAUGUUUGUUUUAAGUUUUACGAUUUGAUCGCUCUUAUAACCCAUAUUUAAGGCGAUAUCUAAGGAACGAAAGGCGUGCAAAUUUUAUUAUUUGCAGAGCCCUUUUAUAUUCUACUAUUGCCACCUCAAAUCAGUUCCUACUUCAUUGCUUUAGAUUCAAUUUUAUUUGAAAUUAUUUGUUUUUAUUUUGCUUUGUAAAAAUAUUGUUAAGUUGCAAAGCCAUAUGAUUACAAUCGAAAUAUCGGCCUCGACGUAAGUAAUGACAUAUUUAGCACAAGUAUUUGAACCCGUACAGGAUACUUAUAAAUAUAACAUAACACUACCUACCUAUAAAUAUAACAACAGGGCUCAACGUACAAAAAAUAUAUAUUACAUGGUUGAAAAGUUGAAAGCAUACCUACUAUGCUGCAAAUCAUAACUCUUGCAUAUGUACAAUAUGUGUCCUCAGUUACAUCCUUGGGGCACACCUUCCUUACUUUAAUGCAAAUGGAGACUAACUUACUUUUUCAAACAAAAAUAUAAAAUCAAGUGAAAGGGAUCAUGAAUAGCCCUAUAAUAUAUAUCCCUUCAGAGAAUAAAAAAGUUUGAUAUAAUUAUCUUGGAUUUUUGUGUGAUACAAUGUCCAAUGCCUUGAAUAAGUCCAAUGUAUAUAGGUUAAAGAACUUGUGCAAAGUAUAUGAAAUUAUCGAAUCUCAUUGCAUUUUCAGUAUUAAAGUUUACGUCGGGGUUUUCUAAAAUUGUUAAUUUCGUAUUAUGUUGUUUAAUUGGAUUUAUUUGUAAGCGGUUUUACGUUGUUUACCGUCGCUUAUCAUAAUUGUGAUGCUAUUUUUAGAUUAUUUUACGAAUAGACAUUUAAUAAAGACAUAAGCUCGUUUUGAUAAUUUAUUUUUAUUUUAAUCCUUUCUAUUUUUUAUUGACAUUCAUUACUUUUAUCACACUAACCAUAUCUUGCAUUAUUUUAGUGUAUACUAUGUAUGACUGUAAAACGUGUGCUCAUUUCUACUGCAUCUACAUAGAAUCCUUCAAGGAUCUCUUCCUAACUUUAAUAGUAAAACAAAUGCGUUGCAUAGUAAAACUAAACUGAGUCAAGAAGUCGAACUGAUCAAUUUUUCCAAUAAAGAUGCACAAUCCUGAACAACACCUGAUGUCCUAUGUCCUAUUAAUGAAAUAACAAAAGCUACUCGAGAUUACCUUAAAUUGAAUAAUUAUUGAAAUAUCGGGGUCGGUAUGAAGAAGUUUAUUUUACUUUUGAGUAGGAUCUUCGACUCAUCAUUGAGCAAGAUGGAAAACAUGACAUCCAGGUAAUUUACCAUAAAUUAAAUUUAAAUUACUUAUAAUAGGGUAAACGUCGAUUUUUUUGCUACUAAAAACUCCGAUAGGUGGCUUCCAACUUUUACAGAAUUGUCAUCAUUAAUUAAUAGAAUUUGUCAACGUUUGGAGCCAACGUAAGGUAGAUUUACCCUAAACCUAGAAAAUGUUUGUGUAAAGUAUAGACUUAUACUGUUGGGAAAACGCCUAAAUUAUUUGUGUAACGUAAGUAGGAGUAAGAAUUAGUUUUCUUCUGAAAUGUGAAGAAAACUGAAUUCCCCAGACCGACCCUGCAUAACAUAGCAAUGAGUCAUUAUUGCAGACAAUAAUAGUAAUAUUUACUUGUAUGUUAUUGUCAUUAUCGGUCCAUGUUGAUUGGUAAAACAUAUUUACGCCCUUUUUCAAAACCGAAUAUUAAAAUAAAAGUACAUAAUAUGUAAGUUUGUUGUUUCACAAAAAAACAAUUGAAAGAUUCGUUUUAAGCUUUGUUGGGAAUUCUUGUUGAAUAUCACAUAGCUGUUCUUUCGUUAUAUUCUCGAAAGAAAAUGCGUUAAUGUAUCACGAUAUUUGACAUGGCGUUUUUAAAGACUAGAUCAAAAGUGUGGAAUUAAUGAAAAUGUAUGUGAAAAUUUCCUUGGUAAGAAAUCUAAUGGUUAAUUUCAAAAUUGUCGCAGAUCGGGACAAACUGUAUUAUAAAAUAUUUGGAAAAUAUAUAAUAUUUAAGAGAUAUUAAAAGCCUGAGGAAGGACCCCCGACGGGCCCGAAACAUGUCUGUGAAAAAUACAAGUGAGUGUAAUCGUUGUGAUCUAAAUAUUUUAAAAUAUGUCUCACGCAACUUUAAUUUCGAAAACUGUAUUAUAUCUCAUGGGUGAAUUAAAAUAUCCAACACUGCCGAAUGAAAAUAUCCAACACUGUUGGAUCAUUUCACUAAUGAAUUCAUUUUUCACUUUUCGUUCAUUUUGUGUUCACACAUGUCACUUAGUAAGUUUGAUGUUUAACAAAAAAACAAUUGUACGAUUCGUUUUAAGCUUUGUUGGGAAUUCUUGUUGAAUAUCACAUAAUUCUUUAGUUAUAUUCUCGAAAGAAAAUGCGUCAAUGUAUCACGAUAUUUGACAUGGCGUUUUAAGACUAAGAUCAAAAGUUUGACGUGGAAUUAAUGAAAAUUUAUGUGAAAAUUUCUUUGGUAAGAAAUCUAAUGGUUAAUUCCAAAAUUGUCGCAGAUCGGGAUAAACUGUAUUAUAAAAUAUUUGAAAAAUAUAUAAUAUUUAAGAGAUAUUAAAAGCCUGAGGAAGGACCCCCGACGGGCCCGAAACAUGUCUGUGAAAAAUACAAGUGAGUGUAACCGUUGUGAUCUAAAUAUUUUAAAAUAUGUCUCACGCAACUUUAAUUUAGAAAUAGUUAUUUACGAUACAAGUGCGGAAAAGAGGAAAUUCGAAACGAGUGGCGAUAAAUUAAAACACGACCGAAGGGAGUGUUUUAAAUCAACACGAGCUGCGAAUUACCUAUUCGCACAUGUAUCGUACAACGUUUUACAGUACAUAUGGCCCUAUAAACUUUUGACAUACGCAUGAAAAGUGAUAUUUCACGCACUAGUGCGGAAAAGUAGGACCAUAUGUACUGUAAAGUGUAUUAUAUCUCAUGGGUGAGUUAAAAUAUCCAUUUCACUAAUGAAUUCAUUUUUCACUUUUGGUUCAUUUUGUGUUCACACAUGUCACUGAGUGGCAGAUGAAUAAUGAAACACGAAAAUGAACACAAAAUGUACCGCCUGAUUUCACCUUAACAGUCGGUCAGGAUCUUUAUCAUACACAGACUGGUUUAAAUCACCUUCGGCUAUCGAAGGCAUCGAAGCGCUUGCAUUUAGAGUUAGGUCCUUAGCGGCUGUAGGCUUCUGUAGCGUUAUUAUAAGUUAUCGGCUUUGGAAAAGGGCAUUAAUUAGAUAUUUGAGAAAUAAAGACGUUUAAUGUUGA